GGAGACUGCCAGCACCAGGGACACUGGGAAGAGGAAAACCGGGAAUGGGGCCACUGGCAGCAGGGACUCUGGGGACAGGGCCCAGGGCCAGCCCAGCCACUGGGUCUCUCCCCACGCUGUGGGUUGCCGUGGGCACAGCAGCCCCACGGGCGGUGGCGUGAGCAUCCCCCGAGCAGCCACCACGGGUCCUGUCUCACCGAGCUCCCCAUCCCCCGCAGGUGCUCACCAUGGCUGCAGCACGGCUCGUCACCUGGGGGCUGCUCCUGGCCACCGGGGUCCCCGCCGGGGCCCAGGGGAUGCUGCCGGCGGGGCUGUCCCCAGGCUGGACCCUGCAGCGGGGACGGGACCCCCUGCAUCGACCUGCCUGGGGACAGCAGUGGCUGGGCCCGUCACCCACCUGGGAGGAGUCGGGGGACCCAAGCGGCGCUGGGGCCCCUGGGAGUGAGCACUGGGAGGGCAAGAGCCCCGUGCACUGGUCCCCACCGCUGCAGGCAGGGGAUGCCACCGGCACAGCCCUGGAGACGGAAACCACCAUGGCAGGCACUGGCACCGGGGCCUGGCGGGACGAUGGCGCAGCCCCGGCUGUGGCGGAGGAGCCACUCAUCGCUUGGCGAGGACAUGAGGCCAAAGGCCAGGACAGCCCCCAGGGGGGGAUCUGGCUGCCCCACAGCUCUGUGCUGGGGACGCCGGGCCCCAAGGUGUCCACGGACACGACACCGAGCUCCCCAGGGCCGCCCUGGGCAGGGCAGGACCCGUCCCUGGCCGAGCAGAGUGCCACUGGGCCAGCCAGCACCCCCGGCCCCCGGCCGACAGUGUCCACUAUUGCCCUGAUCCCCCUGCCGGCAGCGGGGACAGCAGAUGCCCAUGCAGGGGGACAUCCAGUGGCAGGGGGACCCAUGGCAGCCCUGGGUCUCCCUCGGGGUGCACAGCUUGGUCCAGCCAGCAGCCAGCCAGUCCUGCUGGGCACUGUCCCCCACCCCCCAGACACAGGGCCAGCCCAGGGUCCCCACGCCAGCCCUGGCUCCUCACAGCCAGUGGACAGACGGGGGGACCUGGGGGGGCCCCCCAGCCCCUCCACGGCUCUGCCCAGCUCUGCCCCACGGCUGCCCCCCACAACCCCAUCCUGGGGGCUGGCCGAGCCCUGGACCCAGGUGCUCCUGGCCCACCAGCGCAGCACCCGGAGGGCCCCGCUCAGCCACGCCACCGCCAGCACCGGGGACACGGCCCCUCGCACAGACCCCAGGCCGACGGGGCAGUGGGGACCCCAGCCUGCCCCAGGGCCUGCCCUCAGCACUGGUCCCCCACCGCCACCUGCGUCCAGCACGGCCCCCUCCAGCACCCUCGGCACAGGGCUGCUGCCCGAGGAGGACGUUGGCUCCCCACAGCGGGUCCGGGGCGCCGUGGGCCCCGCGAGCACCCUGAAUGCCACCGAGGCCACCCCACGGCCAACAGCACAUCCCACCGCAGGGACGCCCGAGACCAGGAGCUCAGACACCCCAGGGACGCAGCCCCCCACCCACAGCACCACGACCCCCUCGGCCAUGUGGCGGCAGGCAGGGGUGACGCCACAGCCAGCCCCCCGGCAUCCAUCCACGCUGCAGCCGCAGCCGCAGCCACAGCCCAGCCAGCCACCCCUGGCACCGGGGCCCAACGGGACGGGGCUGCGCUGGGCCGAGCUGCGGCACCAGCUGGGCUUCGCCUGGGAGGCCCACAUCUACGGGGCGGCCGCCAUCUUCCUGCUGCUGGCACUGGGCUGCCUGGCCGGGCUGUUGGGGGCGGCCACCCUGCGUCCUGCCCACCUGCCCCAUGUUUUGGGGGCCCAUGGGCUGCUGCUGGUCGCCUGCCUGCUGCGGACCACCUUCCUGCUGCUGGACCCCUACGGGGCACGGGGCCGCCUGCCCCCCUGGGCCCUGCUGCUGCUCAGCACGGCCCCCUUCCCACUGCUGCUUGGUGCCUUUGCCCUCCUGCUCCAGCGGCUCCAACGCCUGGCCCAGCUCCGGCUGCUGCCGGCCCGGCUCCGGGGGCUGCUGGCGCUGGGGGUUGCCAUCACCCUGCAGAGCGUGCUUCUGGGGGCUGCUGACCUGCUCCCGCCCCGGCUGGGCCUUGCCACUGGGCUGGGGCUGCAGGCGCUGGGCUGCGGGGCUGGGGCCCUGCUGCUGCUGGGGGGGCUCUGGGCGUGCUGGCGGGUGCUGCGGGCGCCCCAGGAGGGGCCAGGACCACAGCAGGGUGUCUGGGCGCUGCUGGCAGCGGCGGCAGCAGGGUUGCCGGUCUGCGGGCUGCAGCUGUACAGCGCCCUGUGGCUGCGGGGGGUCCUGGGUCCCCCUGGGCGCUUCUCCCGGCCCGGCUGGGUGGCACAGCUCUGGCUGCGGGUCAGCGAGCUGGGCAUGGUGCUGGCACUGCUGGCGGCCGCCGCCGAGCCGCUGUGCUGCCAGUGCCACCGCCGGAGCCCUGACGGCCACUCCUGCUGGGCCAAGGCGCUGCGGUACUUCUGCACCGGCCGCAAAGCCGAGGCACCCGAGUACCCCAACAACUGCUACGACUGGGCCAGCAGCAGCACUGGUGGCACCAGCGGCACCGGCCUGGAGCGGGCACCUGCCAGCGACAUCUCCAAGAGCCUCAUUCGCAACCCGGCAGAGCAGCUGCCCCUGCGGGCGCUCAAGGACAGCAACGAGGCCUGGGCGGCCGCUGCUGGCACCACCGGAAUGCCGGGGCUCAGCCCCAAGUGCCCCAACAUGGUGGCUGCCCGCUCCUGUGCCGCCUUCGAGCAGGGCUCGUCCCCCUCGCUGGGGGAGCUGGCCUUCCGCCCGCCGUCCCCCAUCGACCUGCGCCGCAGCAUUGACCAGGCGCUCUGCCGCCGGCACCUCCUGCGCGACGGCCUCUUCGGCUGGCCCCGACGUGGCUCUGGCACCUCACUGCAUGGCUCCCUGGCCCCCGCAGAGACCCCCAGCUUGGGGCGCAUGGUGCGGUGCAGCUCGCUGACGGAGCUGCCCGGCCCCCGGCAGCCUCCCGGCACCGUCACGGUCACCGUCACCGCCUCAGCCAGCUCGUUGGAGAGCAGCUCGCUGAAGAUCAGCUGGAACCCUUGGCGCCAUGGGCUGUCCUCGCCCGACAGCCUGCCCCUGGACGAGGCACCCAGCCGGGCCCCCCUUCUGGUGCCCGCCGUGCCCCCCGCCUGGGAGCAUGAGAGCCCCCGCAGCUUCCCGGCCCUCGGCAAGGCCGUGGACGCCCGCAGCCUCUCCAGCGACACCAUUGAGCUCUGAGCCGGGGAGACGUGAGGACGGGCAGAGACUGGGGGGUGCAGGGGGACAAACACAGCGCGGGGGUCUGAUCCUGCACCCCUGCAGGGCCAGGCAGGAGGGGGGAGCUGGGCUGGGCCAGC